UUUCAGCCUCAGAGCUCAUCAUGUCCUACCCGACCAGCCCCUAUCAACGACAGCUCUACUGGCCAGACACAACAGCUUCUCCCAGCAACUCCCGCAAUGCUCAUCGCCCUUCACCUUACCAUCCACCAACAAGCCAUCAUCGCGGCCCUCAGUAUCAUCCGCCUACUUUCUACUCUCCGUCUCAGUCCUCUCCGCAAUCCAAACUGGCCGCUCAGGCUCUAAGAAGCAGGGGCAACGAGUAUCUUCUCAGCUUAACAACUUCAGUGAACAAUCUUCAACUCCAUGAUGGAGUCAAACCGAGCAACCGAUCAUCGAAAGUCUCUGACCACUCCAGCAAAACGCACAGAGACACUCCACGCCCGUCAUCUGCAUCUCCCGAUUGCAACAAACAGCUUCCACCCUUGCCUCGGCCUGAUAUCGUGCCACCUAAUCACCAUAAUUUAGGUCUUCCAAAUGUGACUGCUUCUCAAUGCAGUUUCCCAUCUCAGACUAUACCCGCGGCGGACUCAUUGCAUUCAGGGCACGUAUCAGGCUUUGCGGUUUCUCGGGAUGGCAGUGCACCUGCUGUAAUGGAACGACCAAGCUCAAAUACAUGUAGCAAUGUGGAGCUCAGUUCGAGCGUAAUAAACAAGCCCGUGUUUUCCAAAACGCCACCGCACGCGAGACAUCCGCCGGUCACGGCUUCGGUGAAAGAGAAGGUCGUCAAGGCAACCCGCGUCAAUAACAAAGAAGAAGUUAAUCCUUCGAGCAAAUCUAGCACAUCGAAAAGUAAAUCGCUUCAGACCUCUAAGUCUUUCUCAACCCUUGAAGAUGCCCAACAUGACUUGGUCAUCGACCUGACUCAAAUUUCAGACUCCUCAGCUUCACCCCCAUCUGGUUUGGCAAAAGGAAAUGUUACACCCCCAUCAUCCGCUACGCCUAUGAAGGCAACAUCAGAUUUGAGGCGUUCAUUCCUAACCUCUCCAUCUUUUUCUACUUCUCCCGCGCGGAGAGGUUCCUCCAAUACCCCAUCCACCACCCCAUCCGGUAAGACCAAAAAGUCAAGCUCCCCCCACAAGCCCUAUAGGUCAAAUUCAAGCUCUGUACAGUGUUCUGGAUUCACACGUACAGGUCAACCUUGCAAGCGGCUAGUCAAGGUCAAAGCCCCUUAUUUGUCUGCUCGAGAUGCCUCGGUGGCCUCUGUGUCAUUGGACGAGGACGGUGGAGAUGCAAGAAGCGAGAAAGUGAUGGGAAGAUAUUGUAAAGAUCAUGCAGGUAUGAUAUGCACCAUCAAGGGCUUCUACUGGAGAAGAGAACGAGAUAGUUCCGGCGUUUGGAUUGAAUUUGAUGACUAUAUACCGCAAGCCCUGGGACAGCAAACCCAAACGUUAUUAAGAAUGACUAUGGAAACCAAAUUAACACCCAAGGAAUGUGCCGGCUUCUUAUAUGCUUAUGAGCUUAAGGACCUGGAAACCAGCGAACUUUCAUUCUACAAAGUCGGAAGGACAGAUAAUGUCCCAAGACGCAUUGGUCAGUGGACCAACCAAUGCCAAUCCAAAAGACCCACCCUUCUUGACAUAUUUCCUCGGCCCUCGGGCCGCUCACGUCAUGAUGUUACUACGUCCUCACUGCAUCGUUCCGACACCUUGACUACAUCCUUUCUCCCCGGGGCAACCACCCAUCGAACCCCACCCUUGUUGGCUAUGAAGCGCUGGGAGCGAUUGGUACACCUUGAGCUCUCCGAGCGAUGCGCUUCACAUCCGUUGAGUGAACAAGCGUAUGAGCGGGUGCGGAUGAAGUGUAAAGACUGUGGGACAGUACACAGAGAGAUUUUUCCUCUCGUCAAAGCCCAUCAGGGACGUAAGGGCGCUUACGAACAAAUAGUCGAAUGCAUCGAAAGGUGGGGGAAAUUCAUAAGAGUAAUAUCUGAAGAAAUAUAGUAUGGAAAUAUAAGGGAAUUAGAGGGCUGUCGAGUAGUACUGUUGUUUGUAUUAUGCUGUCAUGUCAUCGAGCGCCUCCUUCGUUCCAUGGGAGAGCGGCGAAGAAUCGUUUAGUUUUCUAGUUGUAGUAGUAUCUUGAAAAAAUGCAUGUG